AUGGACAGGGCCGACCGUCUAGCCCGGAGCUUGGAAUUGGAGAAGGCCUACGUUCACGACACUUACCAGGAGAUGUACCAGCCCGCACAUAAGACCAAACCGUGGCCGAAGGUGACGCAGUUCCUGCACGACUUGGAGCCCGGAUCACUCGUGUGCGACAUCGGUUGUGGUACAGGAAAAUAUUUAUCGACCAACCCACAUGUGUUCAAAGUAGGCGUUGAUCGUUGCCUGAGGUUAACUGAAAUAGCUAGAAGUCGAGACAGCGAAGUAAAUAUUAUACUUUUUACCAGGGCUUGA